AUGAAGACGGCCACAAACAUCUACAUCUUUAACCUGGCGCUCGCUGACUCUCUGUUCUUGGCAACUCUACCUUUCCAGGGAACAGACGUCUUCCUGGGGUUCUGGCCUUUCGGGAACUCGCUUUGCAAAGCCGUGGUGUCCAUCGACUACUACAACAUGUUCACCAGCAUCUUCACCCUCACCGUGAUGAGCAUGGACCGCUACGUUGCCGUGUGUCACCCGGUCAAGGCGCUGGACAUGAGGACGCCACAUAAGGCCAAGGUGGUGAACAUCUGUGUGUGGGUCCUGGCCUCGGCCUUUGGGGUCCCUGCGAUGGUGAUGGGGGACGUGGAGGAGGAGCUGGAGCAUGACAGUGUGGAGUGCAUCGUGGUGCUGCCAGAGCCGCGGAGCUACUGGGACCCGGUGUUCGGGACGUGUGUGUUCAUGUUCUCCUUCCUGAUCCCUGUGGCCAUCAUCAGCAUCUGCUACAGCCUGAUGGUCAAGCGUCUGCGCAGCGUCCGCAUCCUCUCCGGCUCCAAGGAGAAGGACCGCAACCUGCGCCGCAUCACUCGCAUGGUUCUAGUGGUGGUGGCGGCCUUCGUGGUCUGCUGGACGCCCAUCCAGAUCAUGGUCCUGGCUCAGUCUCUGGGCUUCAACCUGAGCAGCCUGUUCACGCUAGUGCUGAUGCACUUCUGCAUCGCUCUGGGAUACGUCAACAGCAGCCUGAACCCCGUGCUCUACGCUUUCCUGGACGAGAACUUCAAACGCUGCUUCAGGGAGUUCUGCCACCCGUCACCCUUCCGCCUGGACACGCAGCAAUCUGGCCGCAUGAGGAGCAUCGCGAGGGAAGUCGCCAACGCCUACAGCUGCAAGGGCGGAGACGGCUGUGGGCCUGGGGGAGGCACGCCGAACCCUGCAUGA